AUGGCUCUCAACCUCUUCACCCGCCUAUUCAGGCUACCUGCCACAGCGCGCCCCAGCUUUUCCGUCCUUAGCAGCAGUCUCCGCACACCGAUCGCCUCUUCACCACGCGCAUUCAGCACAUCGUCACCAUUCUCGGCCACAUACAACCAGGUCAUGCGCGGCUGCCGUGUCGCGCAAAGAGCCCGUAAACCGACAUCGCCGCAAUUGAAGGACCGACCGGAGAUGAAGGGCGUCUGUGUGCGUGUGGGUAUCACGAAGCCCAAGAAGCCCAACUCCGGAGAGCGCAAGGUUGCGAGAGUGAGAUUGAGUAAUGGAAGAGUUGUCACGGCAUAUAUCCCUGGUGAAGGUCACAACGUCCAGCAGCAUUCGGUCGUUCUGGUCCGCGGUGGUCGUUCGCAAGAUUGCCCCGGUGUCAAGUACCAUCUUGUCAGAGGUGCCUUGGAUCUGGGCGGUGUCGGUAACAGAAUCACCUCACGAUCAAAGUACGGCACCAAGAAGCCCAAGGCUGCCUAA